AUGGUCUUCACUAUUAUCGUGCAUUUGGAUGUGAAAAGUGAACAUAUCGAUAAAGUAAAAGCAAAACUGAUUGAAGCAAAUCGUGUCUAUGCUAAAGACAAGGGAACUAUCGACUGGUUCGUCAGCCAAGAUGUAAAUGAUCCAACGAAGUUUGCUAUCGUUGAACGUUACGAACAGCGAAGUGAUUUGCAAACCCACAUUAACAAUCCAUAUUACAAAGAGUUUGGUCGCUAUGUAAAACCAUUGUUAACUAAAUCAAUAGAACUUCAUAGUGUCGAAGAAUUGGAUACAUCAAAAGAAGUUGAAGUUCCUCCGCAAACGUGGUCGGAUGAAGCAGAACAAUAA